GUGGACGCACUAGCUGAGCUGCUGAUUCGUGAGCGCGCUCCGUUCUUGUAACGCGUAUGGGACGAACCAGAGACGUGGAUGAAGGCUGGUGUGAGGUUUCCCUCCUCUGUCCUUCCUUCUCGCACACAAGCAACUCUCUCAGACGUACAGAGCUUCAAGGCGGCAAGGAGUUCUGCUUAUGGAAAACCCUCCACCUCAACCGCCUGGCGGAUGCUACAGCUUGCUACUUUUGCUGGCUAUGAUUUAAAGACCAGAGGGCCCAAAUGCAGGACUAGAAAAAGGCUAAUUUGUUACAUUUUGAUCAGUUGACUGUAAUCAUGGCGGCCACAGGCUACGGCUACUACCGUGUGGUCAUCUUCCUGUGCAUGUUCACUGGCUACUCACUGUAUUUCUUUAACAGGAAGACAUUCUCUUUUGUCAUGCCGUCUGUGAUGGAGGAGAUAGAACUGGACAAAGACGACUUGGGUAUGAUCACCAGCAGUCAAACCAUGGCCUACGCCAUCAGUAAGUUCAUCAGCGGCGUGCUGUCGGACCAGAUCAGCGCCCGCUGGCUUUUUUCCAUCGGCCUCUUCUUGGUCGGAGGCAUCAACGUGGCCUUCUCCUGGUCUUCAACUGUGUCCAUGUUCUCCCUGCUCUGGUUCAUCAACGGCCUGGGACAGGGCUGUGGGUGGCCCCCAUGUGGGAAGGUGCUUCGGAAGUGGUAUGAGCCGUCCCAGUUUGGAACAUGGUGGUCUGUGCUGUCCUGCAGCAUGAACCUGGCUGGGAGUCUGGGUCCGCUCAUGGUCACGGUGCUCCUGCAGUAUUACGACUGGAGGACGAUUCUGGCCAUGUCUGGCGUGUUCUGUGCUGCCUUCUCAUUAGUUUGUCUGGUAUUCGUAAAGAACGAGCCGAAGGACGUGGGCCUUCCCAGCAUCGAAGCUGCAGCUAAGAAGGGUGUGAAAGGAGGCAACAGUGAGAGCACCCUGAGCGAAUUUCUCCUCUCUCCCUUCCUGUGGGUCCUCUCUCUGGGCUACCUGGUUGUUUUUGGGGUGAAGACGGCAGCCACUGACUGGGGGCAGCUGUUCCUCAUGCAGGAGAAAGGCCAAACUGUUCUCAUGGGCAGCACCUACAUGAGUGCGCUGGAGGUUGGAGGGUUCGUCGGCAGCCUCUCGGCAGGUUUCAUCUCGGACAGAGCCGUUGCCCGCAAAGGCUUGAGCACUCAUGGCAACCCCCGUCAUGGUCUGCUCAUUCUCAUGAUGGCUGGCAUGUACGUGUCCAUGUAUCUGUUCAGAGUGACCAUCACACCUGAAGUACCAAAGGAAGCUCCUUUGUGGGUCCAGGUCAUCCAUCCGGUGUCUGUUCUACUUGGAGUCUCAGAGAAAGAGAUUUGGAUUCUCUUCCUUGGUGCCAUGUUUGGGUUUUCUUCGUAUGGACCAAUCGCCUUGUACGGAGUGAUAGCAAGCGAAAGUGCUCCUUCCAAUUUCUGUGGAACGUCUCAUGCCGUCGUCGCGCUGAUGGCAAACGUGGGGGCUUUCAUGGCAGGGCUUCCCUUCAGCACUGUUGCCAAGCAGCACAGCUGGGACACGGCCUUCUGGGUAGCUGAAGUCAUAAUGGGCAUCACCACCAUUGCGUUCUUCCUUGUGCGCAAUAUGCGCACCAAAAUGGGGCGAAUCGCAGAGAAACUGGACUAGUGCAUAUUUUUUUAGGGGUUGAACUAUUCACACAGUACAGCGCAGUGAUUUAAUAGGAGCUUUAUUGUACAAACUAAUGUGAAACACAAAUUAAUCUGAAGAUCUUCCCAUUAUAAAUCUGUAGAUACUCAGGGUGGCUGUAAUUUAAUCACUUUAUAUUUGUAAUGAAAUGGUCACUUAGACAGAUUUAAUCUUCACUAGCACCAGCCAUGCAGUCGAUCACUUUUGUUCACAAGCUUCUGGACAGAUCUCUGGACGUAUGAUGCUCUCUAAAGGAAGCCACUCUAGCAUGAUUGUCUGUACUGAUGUGUUGUUUUCUUUCUCAAGAUGAAUAGUUUGUGCUGUUCACAGCAUUAAUUUCCUGAAGAAUGUGGCUAUGCACCAUCGAAAGUUUCAGUCGAAUGUUUAGAUCCAUUGUGGAGAUGAAUGUCAUAUUAAUCUGGGGCUUUCACUGAUUUAUUUGGUGAAAUGAAUGAAUAAUAUUCAACUGCAAUGAGAUUUACAAACACCAGGAAGACCAGGGCGCCUGGUCCAAAACCGACCCGUUCUAGCUUGACUGAAAUUUGCAGCUUCUCAAACCUAAAGAACACUGAACCACCUGUGAAGCACGGUGGUGCUAGUGUCAUUCUGUGUGUCUGUUUUACUGCCAGCAAUAGGGAUGCAAUGCAAUAAGUGGAUUAGGGCUGAAACAUUAAAUGGAUUCAUCACAUUAGUCGCGAUGAAUCGAUUAUUGAAAUAAUCGUUAACUAAAUAAUCAGUCAAAUAACUAAAUGAUUAAAGCAGUAAUUAAGCCAAAACUGUACUAUUUAUAUUUAUAUAUACAUGUCUAUAAAUAUGUGUUAGCCAAAACUCUUCAGCUUUUAGAUUUAGCUUCACCAGGUUUAGAUUUAAUAAAGGAAUUCUGUUAUUCCUUUUUAGAAAAUAAGAUGUUAAUUAUUUUAAAAAGCAAACUGAAUUAUUUGUUUAUUUUGAUCUUUUAAUGUGUUUCUAGUGUUGUAUAACAAAGGCUUAAGUGGUUAAAUGAAAAAUCUACAGAAGGUGCCUUUUUUUAAAUUUGAUUACUCAUCAGAAUAAUCGAUUACUGCGAUGAUUGUUAGUUGCUGUUAGCCCUAAAAUGGAUAAAAAUUAUUUAACCUCCAAUUUCUUUCCACAGCUCUUCCAGGAAUGUAAAAUUCUAGUGUUUGGGGAGGUUAGUGUCAUACAACAUUUAUAAAGAGACAUUAAUGUCUCCUUUAAAAGUGCUGAGUGAAUAAAGUAGGUCAUUAGUGUGUCUCUUGGGGAUGUUGGCCUAGCAAAGUGUCUGAAACUGGCACCGGCCCCUUCGGAGGGAACUUUGAACCCCUUGAACCAGGUAUGUGAAACGUGAACAAUGAUUCAUCAAAGCUUUUUUUGGAAUAAUUAGGGCUCGAAUAAUUAAAGCAAAGCAAAAUGUGAUGUUCUUGAACGGCUUUCCCAAAGCCCCUACCUCAAGAGAAAAGUGUAUGAAUGAUAUUUAAAGGCUGGGUUUUGUCAUGAAGCCAACCAACUUUAAUGAGCUCCACCAAAUCCUGCGUCAAAAACGCAAUCACAACCAGAACUGUGUUGACGGCUACCAAAAGCAUGUUUAAAGAGAACCUUGCUAAACAUCAAUGCUAGGGUAUUUAAUCAUGUCUGUUUCAUUUUCAGAGAGAAAAUCUGUAAUAAAUGUCAAUGUAUUGACAAAACACAAAAUAAAUUAAGUUGUAUAAUCAUCUACCUUAGGGAAAAACUUUAAAUAAGUACUUAAAAGCCCCAACUGAACAGAUCAUUCAUGUCCAUGGUUGGUUUAUUUCUGAACUUGUGAUUGGAACCUUUUAUAGUACAUAAUGUGUUUUCAACAGUCUGUCUCAUCAUUCACUUCAUCAACAUCAACUUCAGUAUUCAACAGAUGCAUGGAAAACAUUUGAUUUAAUUUAGUUUUUCUUGUUAAUGACACUUAAAUAUCCCUAUUUUGUAAAACAAAGCAUGUUGGCUCAGAACAGCUAAACUGACCCCAGAAAACUUGAUCAUUUCAGUUUUUUAUUACUGAGCAGGUGUCACUCUGUGUGGUGGUCUACUCAUCUCAAAAUGUAAGUUUUACAUGGACUCUUUCAGUCUUUCUGUGAUUGUACAAUAAACUUGAGAUAAAUACAUAUUUUUUUAAAGUCAAAAUGUCAAGUCUUUUAUUCAUCUGUAUUUUCAAAGAUUUGUUUUUCAUUUUUCCUCAUAAACAUAACUGUUGUCUUUUAUUUCCAGGGAUUUGUACAUAAUCUGGAAAAAUCAAUGUGUGUUCUCCAGGUUUCGUUAAGUAUGAGAAAUUAAGACACUAGCUUUCCUGUGAACCUGCAAGGAUAAGUGAGUAUAGAGAACAGAUGGAGUGUGGAAAUGCAGAUUUAGAUUUGUAUUUAUACACUCUCAGAAUAUUAAAGUGGAAGAUGGAAAAGGAUAAA